UCACCCUCUUAACUCACAAGGACCACCACAAAACUCACAAGAGCCACUAAAUAAACUACAAGUCUUAGUCUUUCUUUCUCUAUCUCUCUUGUGAAUACAGUUCCACCUUGUACACAUGAAUAUCUAACAAUAAUCCCAAACUCAACAUUCAUCUAAUGAAACAUGUACUCCACUUCCUAAAAUUCACACCCUUUUCCCCUUUCAGUUUCCAUUCCCUUCUUUAACUGACAAAAAAAAAAACAUUUGUUUGCUUCUCUAUAGAAUGGGAUCUUUUAGUCCUUUUUUAGUUCUCAUACUUCAUGUUGGCUUAUUGUAUGGAUCUUUAUUAGCUGAUGAUAAUACUAAUCUGCAGCUUAAUGAUGAUGUUUUAGGCCUCAUUGUUUUCAAAUCAACUAUUCUUGAUCCUUACACAAAACUCUCAUCAUGGAAUGAAGAUGAUAACUCUCCUUGUGCAUGGGCAUUCAUCAAAUGCAAUCCAAUGAAUGGUAGAGUCACUGAACUUAACUUAAAUGGCUUAAGUUUAUCAGGAAAGAUCGGUAGGGGGCUCGAGAAGUUGCAGUCUUUAAAGGUAUUAUCUUUAUCAAACAACUACUUUACUGGUGCAAUAAGCCCCGAGUUAGUCUUGCUGAGGAAUCUUGAAAAUCUCAACCUUAGUCAUAACGGCCUAACGGGGAAUAUCCCUGGAUCUUUCUCAAGUAUGACCUCUUUUUUACAGUUUAUUGAUCUGUCCGAGAAUUCGUUAUCUGGAGCUGUCUCUGGUACCAUGUUUGAUAAUUGUGCUGAUUCCCUACGUUAUCUGAACCUGGCCGGGAAUUUUCUUGAAGGUGCAUUUCCUAAAACAGUUUCAAAAUGCACAAGUUUGAAUCAUCUCAAUCUUUCAAGAAACCAUUUUUCUGGUGACCCGGGAUUUUCUGGGGGAAUAUGGGGAUUGACAAGGCUUAGAACAUUAGAUCUUUCACAUAAUGAACUCUCUGGAUUAGUACCAAUUGGUGUUUCAAUGUUACAUCAGUUGAAAGAGUUUUUGUUACAAGGAAAUCACUUCAAUGGAGAAUUAUCAGCUGAUAUUGGCUUUUGUCCGCACUUGAAUAGAUUAGAUUUGAGUAAUAAUCUAUUCACAGGACAAAUUCCAAAGUCACUUCAAAAGCUCAAUGCUCUUUCUUUUCUCAGUUUAUCAAACAAUUUGAUAAAUGGAGAUUUUCCUCAAUGGAUAAGUAACAUGAGCAGCUUGGAAUACUUAGAUUUUUCAGGCAAUAGUUUACAAGGGACAUUGCCUGAUUCAAUUGGUGAUUUGCACAUGUUGAAGUGCUUGAGUUUAUCUGGUAAUAAAUUGACUGGUAGCAUUCCUAAGGGACUGUUUGGUAUAGGAUUGGAAGAAGCAGAUUUUUCAAGAAAUGAGCUAAGUGGUUCAAUCCCUUCUGGUUCUGGCAAAUUGUUUGAAUCACUUCAGGUUCUUGAUCUAUCAGGAAACAAUCUUACUGGGAAUAUUCCUGCUGAAGUUGGACUUUUCUUCAAGUUGAGAUACUUGAAUCUUUCUUGGAACAAUUUUCAAUCAAGAUUGCCUCCUGAAGUUGGAUACUUUCCGAAUCUAACGGCGUUGGAUCUUCGACACAGUGCUUUAGUUGGAUCAAUUCCUGAUGAUAUAUGUGAUUCUGGUAGCUUGGGAAUUCUUCAACUUGAUGGAAAUUCAUUCACUGGACCUAUUCCUGAUGAGAUUGGAAAUUGUUCAUCCCUCUACUUAUUGAGUUUGUCCCAUAAUAAUUUAAGUGGUUCAAUACCAAGGUCCCUUUCAAUGUUGAAAAAACUCAAGAUUUUGAAGCUAGAAUAUAACCAAUUGAGUGGUGAAAUACCACAAGAACUUGGAAAACUGGAAAAUCUUCUGGCUGUUAAUAUAUCCUACAACAAGCUCGUUGGACGCCUUCCGUUGAGUAGUAUAUUCCAGAAUCUAGACCAGAGUUCAUUGGAAGGAAAUCUAGGGAUUUGUUCACCUUUAUUGAAAGGACCUUGCAAAAUGCAUGUGCCAAAGCCUUUGGUUCUUGAUCCUUAUGCUUAUGGAAACCAAACAGGUGGUCAAAACCGAGGCGAUGGAACUUCAAGAAGCAACAACAAAACUUUCAAGCACCAUAGAUUCCUCAGUGUUUCAUCCAUUGUUGCAAUCUCUGCUGCAGCUCUGAUCGCUGUUGGAGUGAUGGUUAUAGCCUUACUAAAUGCUUCUGUUCGAAAGAGGAUGACAUUCGUUGAGAACGCGUUGGAAAGUAUGUGUUCGAGUUCUUCUAAAUCAGGUAGCCUAGCUACUGGAAAGCUGAUGUUGUUGGACACCAAAUCGUCCCCCGAUUGGACUAAUAACAGUCUUGAAUCAAUCCUAAACAAGGCAUCUGAAAUCGGUGAAGGUGUAUUCGGGACUGUUUACAAGGCUCCAUUGGGAGGGGAAGGAAGAAUAGUAGCAAUCAAGAAGCUUGUGACAUCAAAGAUCCUCCAAUAUCCUGAGGACUUUGAUAGAGAGGUCAGAGUUUUAGCAAAAGCAAGGCAUCAAAAUCUGAUAUCCUUAAAAGGGUAUUACUGGACUCCUCAACUUCAGCUUUUAGUAUCAGAUUAUGCACCACAAGGAAGUUUACAAGACAAACUACACAGUUUAAGUUGGUCCAUUCGAUUCAAGAUUGCGGUCGGGACAGCUAAGGGACUAGCACAUUUGCACCACGCCUUUAGGCCAGCAAUCAUGCACUACAACAUAAAGCCUAGCAACAUCCUCCUUGAUGAGAACUUCAACCCGAAAAUAUCAGAUUUUGGGCUGGCAAAGCUCGUGACAAAGCUCGAUAAACACGUGAUAAGCAACAGGUUCCAAAGUGCACCAGGCUAUGUAGCACCUGAAUUGGCAUGUCAGAAUUUAAGGGUGAACGAAAAGUGCGACGUUUAUGGUUUUGGGAUGUUGAUUCUUGAAAUUGUCACAGGGAGAAGGCCAGUUCAGUAUGGUGAGGACAAUGUGCUGAUACUCAAUGAUCAUGUGCGAGUUUUGCUUGAGCAAGGAAAUGUGUUGGAAUGUGUUGAUCCAAAUAUGGAUACAUAUCCUGAAGAGGAAGUUUUGCCUGUUUUGAAGUUGGCUUUGGUGUGCACUUCUCAAAUACCAUCAAGUAGGCCUUCAAUGGCUGAAGUCGUUCAAAUCUUGCAGGUCAUUAAGACUCCUGUUCCUCAAAGAAUGGAAGCAUACUGAACAUGUCGCUCUACUUCAUUUUGUUUCUUAUAAAUCCUAUUACUUAUAUAUUAUGUUAACCUCCUAAUUUGAUGUUUUUGGACUAGAUACUGAUAGAGAGUUUUGUACUUCUCUGUCAUUUGAUGAAAUAUAUGGGAGGGUUCAAGACUUCAA